AUGUCGAGAAUACGUGUAGGCCUGUUCAUCUCGACGAUAUGUACAGCCCAAUUGUGUGCUCAAGCAGGUAUCAGCCAAACGCUAGCAAUUCUCCAUGAAAUAAGGACUACCUUCGGCAUCGUUAAUACUAGCGAUCUGAUUUGGGAUCUUGCUGGAUAUAGCCUGGCGAUCGGUACUUUCAUCUUAAUAGCAGGCAGAUUAGGUGACAUAUAUGGAUAUAAGCGAAUAUUCCUCGCUGGAUUUGUCUGGUCGGCUGUUUGGUCUGCUAUUUCGGGGACAGCGGUAUACUCAACUCACGUCUUAUUCAUGGUCUCUCGAGUGUUCCACGGCCUAGGCGCUGCUCUCUCGCUUCCAAAUGGUCUUGCACUUCUAGGAAUAGCAUACCCUCCUGGAAAGCAGAAAGCCAUGGUAUUCACCCUCUUUGCUACUAUGGCACCCGUGGGUAUCGUUAUUGGGGCGGCAAGCGCAAGUCUAUUCGCGCUGGUUUGGUGGCCGUUGGCGUACUGGGUCUUCGCUGCUACACUUCUCAUCAUUGCUGGAGUAGGGUGUUUUACCAUCCCUAAUAAAUCUACCUCAAAGAGCGAGACACCUGCUAAUCUUCGCGCUGUAAUGUCUGACCUCGAUAUACCAGGAGCAAUCGCGGGAGUGUCAGCUCUCGUAUUGAUAAGUUUUGCGUGGAAUCAGGCCCCUCUUGUCGGAUGGCAAAAACCAUAUCUCUGGGUCGCUCUAAUCGUCGGUAUUCUACUUGCAAUACUAUUCGUGCUGAUAGAAAUCUAUUAUGCCCCUAAGCCGCUCAUCCCGUUCUACGCACUUUCAUCCGACGUAUCUUUCAUUCUAGUUUCAGGCGCCUGUGGCUGGUCAUGUCUUGGAAUUUGGGCAUCAUAUACCUGGCAAUUUUUCGAGAAUAUUCGCGAGACUCCUCCGCUUUUGGCUACGGCAUAUGUAAGCCCGUGCAUCGUUGUUGGUUGUUUAGCGACGGUAUCAACAGGCUUUGUCCUCCAACGGUUGGGUCCGUCUAUCGUCGUAUUCAUCUCACUCUUGGGAUUCACUCUAGGGUCCGUACUUAUUGCUACUAUGCCAGCUGUGCAAAUUUAUUGGACUCAGUUGUUCUUUUCCGUACUAAUUGUCUCUUGGGCAAUGGAUACGGGGUUUCCAGCCACAACGCUAGCUUUAUCAAAUGCAGUCGAAAGGAAGCAUCAGGGCACUGCGGCGAGUUUAGUUAGUACCGUGAUGAACUAUAGUAUUUCGAUCGGUUUAGGUAUCGCCAGAACUGUGGAGGCCUAUGUAACUAGAGACGAUCAGUCCAUAGAAAGUAAGUUGAAAGGAUACCGGGCUGCUUUAUACACUGCAAUCAGUCUGGCAGGGUUAGGCACACUUAUCUGCUCGAUUUUUCUGUUGAAAAUACUCUGGCAGAAGCAAAGAAGGUGUUACAAAUAUCAUGAUGAGCUGGAAGUACGUCAAGUCUAG